AUGCUCGGAACGAUCGUGUUGGUAGUGGUUACUGCGAGGAUAUGGGCAAGGGUUUUCAUACAAAGGAAUGUUGGAGCUGAUGACUGGAUUAUUAUUGUUGCGCUGGUGAAACACCUCCACCUCAACCGCCACAUCUGGGACGUACCCUCCUCUUACUACGUCCCUGAACGCAAAAUCACCUUUAUAAUCUACCUCCUCUACUUCAUUUCCGGCGGCCUCAUUAAAACCUCCAUCCUCCUCUUCUACCGCCGCCUCGACAAUCGCUGCAUAACACGCUCCUUCCGCCUCGCCACCUGGAUCAACAUCGUCGCAAUCAUCAUCUUUAUGGUCUCAUUCUCCGUCGUGCUGCUGACGGCUUGUGCGCCCACCGCCGCGUUUUGGCUGCAAUUCGACGUGGUGAAGCAGAUCGAGAAGUACGAGUAUACGUGCUGGAUUGACGAGGGCGCAUACAUUCUCUCGGGCAGUGUCAUCAGCGCAGUGCAAGAUGGCGUCACAGCAUUCCUACCCACGCUCCUGUUUUGGGAUUUGAAAAUCGCACGACGCCAAAAAAUCGCGCUUGGCAUGAUUUUCGCCCUUGGAUAUGUGGUUUGUGCGGUCGCGUGCACACGGUCGUUUUUCAUCUGGAGGACAUUCAAUGAUGACUUGUAUGAUAGUACGUGGUUGAGUUGGCCGGUUUGGGUCCUCACGGUUGUCGAGGUGCAUCUUGGUAUGAUUUGUGCGAGUGCGCCGGCACUCAAGGUGUUUUGCUGCCAUUAUUUCAGGAUGAUGGGGGAUCGGUAUGGGGCUGGGUCGAGGGGCGUGUCGGAGUUGGAUUGGAGUGUGGUCAGUGCGAGUGCGAGUAAGGGGAGCCAGGAGGCGAUUGUUAAAGAGGCGGAUGCGAGGUCUAUGGAUGAUUUGGAGCAGGGGAUUGUAUUGAAAGAAACGACCAAGAUGGAGAGUACGGAGAGGACAGAGGUUAUGGAGACGUUUGUUUUCUCAUGA